CAGCGCUGGUGUUCAAAGUUCAUCGGACAGCAUGGAAAAUAAACACGAAACGACAUCUUAGCGCUUAAACUCAGUUGAACUGCAAGAUUUUGGGUACGAUUUGCACCUGUAACGUUACUGAAGCCGAGAAGUGGAGAGUAACGUUACUGUAAACAUCAUGACUGAAGACAGCACCGUGGACAGGUUCAUAAAGGAGACGUCUAUCCUGGAAGAGUAUAACAUCAACUGGACGCAGAAGCUAGGAGCUGGAAUCAGUGGUCCCGUCAGGGUUUGUGUGAAGAAAUCGACACAAGAACGAUUUGCCCUAAAAAUCUUGAUUGACCGACCCAAAGCUCGUAAUGAGGUUCGGCUUCAUAUGAUGUGUGCCUCUCACCCUAACAUAGUUAAAAUAAUGGAGGUGUACGCCAACAGUGUACAGUUUCCUCAUGAAUCCAGUCCAAGGGCAAGGUUAUUGAUUGUGAUGGAGAUGAUGGAAGGCGGAGAGUUGUUCCACAGAAUCAGCCAGCACAAGCACUUUACAGAGAAGAUGGCCAGUCAGGUCACUAAACAGAUAAGCCUUGCAUUGCAACACUGUCAUUCGUUAAAUAUUGCACAUCGAGACCUGAAACCAGAGAAUCUGCUCUUCAAGGAUAAUUCACUGGAUGCCCCUGUAAAACUGUGUGAUUUCGGUUUUGCCAAAAUCGAUCAGGGUGAUUUGAUGACCCCGCAGUUCACGCCGUACUAUGUAGCACCCCAGGUGCUGGAGGCACAAAGGCGCCACCAGAAAGAGAAGUCUGGAAUUAUACCUACCUCACCAACCCCUUACACAUACAACAAGAGCUGUGACCUGUGGUCUUUGGGGGUGAUCGUCUACGUAAUGCUCUGUGGAUAUCCUCCGUUUUACUCCAAACACCACAGCCGCACCAUCCCGAAAGACAUGCGCAAAAAAAUCAUGACCGGCAGCUUUGACUUUCCUGAGGAGGAGUGGAGCCAGAUAUCAGAGAUGGCCAAAGACAUCGUCCGCAAGCUUCUUAAAGUAAAGCCGGAGGAGAGACUGACCAUAGAGGGUGUUUUAGCUCAUCCCUGGCUCAAUUGCACCGAGGCUCUGGACAAUGUGCUUCCCUCCGCUCAGAUGAUGAUGGACAAGGCAGUUGUAGCAGGAAUCCAACAGGCUCAUGCAGAGCAGCUGGCCAACAUGAGGAUACAAGACCUCAAUCUGAGUCUGAAACCCCUCAACUCCGUUAACAACCCCAUUCUGAGAAAGAGAAAGCUGCUGGGCACCAAACCCAAUGACGAGCUGUUCAUCAAUGACCCAGAGAAUGAGGUGGAGGACACCAAUGUGGCUCUGGAAAAACUAAGGGAUGUGAUCGCACAGUGCAUAUUACCACAGGCUGGUGACAGUGAUGACGAAAAGCUAAAUGAAGUAAUGCAUGAAGCUUGGCGCUUGAAUCGUGAUUGCAAACUUCUCAGAGAUGGAUUGCAUGGGUUAUGUUGGGAUGGUAGAUCUUUUUCCGACAGAGUGGACCGCUUAAAGCUGGCUGAAAUCGUCAAACAGGCCAUUGAAGAAAAGACAAAUUUACAAGACUCCCCAUAGCAAGUGCUGAAUUUGUCUCCCUUUUAUACUGCUCAUUAUAAUUGUCAUUAGGCAAAUGAUUGCUAACAUCUUUUUUGUAUGAAAUCGCAGACCUUUUUUCCAUGGUCAUGCUGUAGUCUGUUGUAUAUCUCUAGCUGAAACCAAGUUGUUGUUGGUAUGAUUUGUUUUCACUACAGACUGCAGUAAAGAAAUGUGUUUUAAUAAA